UCAGCCAGCCCCGGAGGUCGCUGGCGUGAGCUGCAGCCCUGCAGCCUCCUUUCUCCUUCCUCUGCCACCUCCCUUCUGCCCUCCCUCUCCCGUACCCCUCCUCCUGGUUAUUUGGGAGAUUAGAGUUCAUUAAUUAAAUCCUGUGCUUAGAUCGAACUGUAACAUUAUUCCAAUCACAUUUAUCUUGCAGACGGCGGCGGAGAUGGCAGCCUCACUGGAAACGCGCCGGGGAGUCUGAGCCAGCGGCCGGACACGCACCACACCGCGUGCUCCAUCGCUCAGCCGCGGCGCAGACCCUCCAUCUUCCUGCUCAGCUCCAGCCCGGCUUGCCCCUGCCCUGAGAGGCAUCCGCUUCUCUCCUGGCUCCAGCCCAGUCCGGGAUGAGACAUUGCAAAAUGGCCCGGGUCGCCAGUGUGCUGGGGCUGGUCAUGCUCAGCGUCGCGCUGCUGAUUUUAUCGCUUAUCAGCUACGUGUCCCUGAAAAAGGAGAACAUCUUCACCACUCCCAAGUACGCCAGCCCGGGGGCGCCCCGAAUGUACAUGUUCCAUGCGGGAUUCCGGUCACAGUUUGCGCUGAAGUUUCUAGACCCGUCAUUUGUGCCCCUUACGAAUUCUCUCACCCGUGAAACCCAAGAGAAACCUUCUAAAUGGACAUUUAAUCGGACAGCGUUUUUACAUCAAAGGCAAGAAAUUCUUCAGCAUGUCGAUGUAAUAAAAAAUUUUUCUUUGACCAAGAAUAGUGUUCGGAUUGGACAACUGAUGCACUAUGACUAUUCCAGCCAUAAAUAUGUUUUCUCUAUUAGCAAUAACUUCCAGUCACUGCUUCCAGAUGUGUCACCCAUUAUGAAUAAGCAUUAUAAUAUUUGUGCUGUGGUUGGAAAUAGUGGGAUCCUAACAGGGAGCCGGUGUGGAAAAGAAAUAGAUAAAUCAGAUUUUGUUUUUCGUUGCAAUUUUGCCCCUACGGAGGCUUUCCAAAGAGAUGUUGGAAGGAAAACCAACCUUACCACCUUCAACCCCAGCAUCCUAGAAAAAUAUUACAACAAUCUUUUGACCAUUCAGGACCGUAACAACUUUUUCCUCAGUUUAAAAAAGCUUGAUGGGGCCAUUCUUUGGAUCCCUGCAUUUUUCUUCCACACUUCCGCAACUGUUACCAGAACGUUAGUCGACUUCUUUGUUGAACACAGAGGUCAGUUAAAGGUCCAGUUGGCUUGGCCUGGAAAUAUAAUGCAACAUGUCAACAGGUACUGGAAAAACAAACACUUGUCGCCCAAACGGCUGAGCACAGGUAUCCUUAUGUACACCCUUGCAUCUGCAAUAUGUGAAGAGAUCCACUUGUAUGGAUUCUGGCCUUUUGGAUUUGACCCCAACACAAGGGAAGAGCUUCCAUACCAUUACUAUGACAAAAAAGGAACCAAGUUUACUACCAAGUGGCAGGAGUCCCACCAGCUGCCUGCUGAGUUUCAGCUGCUGUACCGAAUGUAUGGAGAAGGGCUCACCAAGCUCACUCUGUCACACUGUGCCUAAGAACUCCGAAUGGAAAGUGCCAAAUGGCUAUUUAAAAAGUGCCCCAAAUCAAAUUGAAUAGUUUCCAGAAUAGAACCCCAGAGACUGUCUGACAAAUCUUGUCUGCCACUUAAAAGAUGUCUUCUCUCCCUCGUUUGCACUGCUCUUGAAUGGUCUUAGACUUAGUAGGACAGGUGCUUUGAAGCCACAUGAUUCAGACUUGAUUAGUGAAAGGAAUGUUGCAUUUGGAAAUAUGCUGUAAACAGAAUGGCUUUAAGUAUUUUCACAUUUGUAUUUUAAUAAAAAACUGAUUCCCGUGUGGAUGGGGACCAUAGCUGUAGUCUCUCUGGCCCUGCUCAGACACUGUCCUCAUUAUCAGAGGCCUCUGACCCACUGGGGCAGGAUCUCUUUUGCCAGUGGGAUAAGACUCUUCAAAUGGAAACAAACAAACAAACAAAAAACACAACAGGUUUUCAGUUUACAUAUCCCCCCUCUCUCUCAAUUCCCCUUGCCCCACCACCAUGGGAUCUAAUAAUUUGCUAGGAAUACUCCUGGAUUAGCUUUGCUUGUAUGUGUUUGCAUCUGUCCUUGACAUGUUCAAGGCUCUGGUUAACUUUGAUGUUUCAUGACAAACAGCCACUCAUGAUGACUUCUGUAAGAAAUGCCUCUUAUCAAGUCCUCCCUUGUCAUUACUGUCAUUCUACAGCAGGAUGACACAUCUGGGUUGAGUGAUAUAUGCUACUGUGUCUCUUUCUCUGUCCCAAAGAAAGUCUGUAGUAUAAGUGCACUGCAUCUUUUGGCAUGAGUGCAAUUGUGGCAGAUACCUGCAAGGGUAUUCUAGCCUAUGUUUGGUGUCUCACAGUCUCAAUUCAGUCACUAAGCUGGCACUCUCUCAGAAGUGAGUGAAUAAACUGAGUUAAUUUAAAAGCCUGGGGAAGGACUAGAGAGAUGGCUCAGUGGUUGAAAGCACUGGCUGCUCUUGCAAAGGGCCCAGAGUCAG